AUGUUACGAUCAAUUGUCUCAAUGUCUGAAUUUGACCUUUCAGAAUCAUUCGAGAUACCUCAAACACCAUCAACACGUGAUUUUGUUGCUCUCUGUUUAGUUGUUCUAACUAUUUUAUUUACUAUCUUUUUUGCAAUUAUAUGCAAAUGGUCUCGUUGUCCAUUUUUAAAACCAAUUCUUGAUAAUUCUGAUCGAAUUCCAAGUGAUUCAUUGGCAAUACAAUACGAUAGGUCAACAUCUAAUUCGAAUGCACACGGUCGGCCCAUUCAUAUUCAGCAGCCCGUAUCGUGCGACCAUAUGGACGAUAAGAACCGAUACCUAUGUACUACGAAAGAUGGAUUAUUAUCACCGCCAUCAUCAUCUUAUACUAAACAACAGUGUAACGAUGUUUAA